AAAUCCUUGUUUGAGAACAGCACAAGACUUUUGAUGAGCGGAAGAGGCAAAGGCGGUAAAGGUCUCGGGAAGGGUGGCGCUAAGCGUCAUCGUAAAGUUCUCCGUGACAACAUCCAGGGAAUCACCAAACCUGCAAUUAGGCGUUUGGCUCGUCGAGGCGGAGUGAAGCGUAUCUCCGGCCUGAUCUACGAAGAGACCAGGGGUGUUCUGAAAGUCUUUCUGGAGAAUGUUAUUCGCGACGCCGUCACGUACACCGAGCACGCUAAGAGGAAGACCGUCACCGCCAUGGAUGUAGUGUAUGCUCUCAAGAGGCAGGGCCGCACCCUGUACGGCUUCGGCGGUUAA